UUCCACAUUUAGGAAAAUAUGCUUGUUAUCUUUCAAUGUGUUACAAUGUUUAGGUGCGGCUCGCGACAAUAAUUAAAUUCUUCUACAGCCGUGAGGUGUGUUUUAUAUGUAUCAGACAGGAAGAAGUUCUUUGUAAAAUAGGUUAACAUGUCACAGGAGUCACAGGACUCUGUUUUCUGGUUGGCUGACAUUAUCCUCUGGCUGCACUUUGCCGCUAAAUGUUAAACCAUCUCCAAAUUUUUAAGCCACCACAGCUUUCCAAAGACAUUGCGUGGCAGCUCUGCUUUGGCUACACUUCAUCGCUGCGCUGGCGUGUUUUCGCCAUUAGAGGUGCUGCUAAGUGGAUUUUGUUACCCUCAGACAGAGCCAUGCUAGCAGUUUCCCCCUGUUUCGUCUUUAUGUUCAGCUACAUUAACUGGCUUUUAGCUGGAGCCUUAUAUUUAAUUGACAGAUAUGAGAGUGAAAUCAACCCUCUCAUCAAACUCUCACCAAAAAAGUAGACGGGUCCGUUUCCCAAAAUGUCUAACUCUUCCUUUAAACAUGUCAUUUUGUCGACAUAUUUUCCAAGUUUACAACAAGGAAAAACUAAGCUAAACACCAACUGCAAUUCAAAUCUAUUUUAAAACAAACUAAGAGACUAAAUCUUAUCACUGCGGUGUUUCUUACAUUUUCCUGAUUCAGAAUGGAGUGACUCUGGAUAGUUGCAUCAUAUAAAUGCUUAAGAUGUCGGUAAACACAUUUUUUGUUCACCUUUUUCUUCCACCCCACCCCACACGUGUAGGCAACGUGACGUUUUUUUUUUUUUUCCAGCUCCUAGAGCAUUAAAGGCUGCCAGUACAUUUCAACAGUUGGACCUUUUAAAUAUUUAAGGGAGGGAUUGUAGCUAAUUUGGAUGAUUGCAAAGAGAGCGUCUAACUUUUAAAGUGGACAUUUGGCUCCUGCUACUGCUUUUCCAACUCGUCCAUCUUAACUGUCGUGUGGUUGAGCAAACCGAUAGAAUCUACUGUGUCACUGUUUGGAUGCACUGAUCACCUGCAGUGGAAACUGUUACUUAUGUAUGUAAAGUCUGUUUCUACAGGCAUGCAGCGUGUGUUUCAUAUAAGCAUUGAUUCACAAGGACAAGUUCUCAGAUUAUUUAACAAAAUAGGGAGAAAAAAAAGAAUUGUGUCACUUGAAACGGUGUCACAGGGAUGGUGGCGCCCUAAUUAAUGGUCAUUCUAGCCCCAGCUUUGUGUUACACAGGAGCUGCCUGUCAAACGGAUAACCCUGUUGGAGGAAUGUCACCUGUCUCGCUCUUAGGCAAACAUGAAGCUGCUUGUGAGGUGGAUUUACCGACAUAAUGCUCAAGGACUAUUUGAUUAACUUGUGAGUAAAAACAUUUAUUAAAAAGAAAAUCUUGCCACAGGAUGGCCACUUCAAAUGGGAAAGGUGAGAAAGUGUCCAAAUUUGAGACAUUGAAACUUUUGGAGAAAUGCAGAAAGGAAAGAGACGAUGCCAUGCACAGAGAAAGUGUUCUCAGAGAGAAACUCAGACAGUAUGAGUCGAGGAUACGUUCAACUGAGGCUGUGAGACAGAAACUGAAGAGCUUGACUAUGGACAACAAGGAGCUGAGGAAACAAGUGAAGGCUCUUCGUACCGAGAUUGGACUUGAGAGCAGCCCAAAGUUCAAUGGAAAGACCACAAAGGACAUAAUCAAUGACUUGCAUGAAAAGGACCGUGAGUGCAGUUCCCUGGUGGAGAAGGCUGGGAAACUGAGUCUGAACAUUGAUGAUUUGACUUCAGAGUUGGCCAAUACAGUCACCUCUAAAACACUUCUGGAGGAUCAAGUGCAAUCAUUGCAGCAAAAUCUCAAGGAUAUGACAAAUAAUCAACGCCGCUUGCUGAAGUUGUGGGAAGACAAGAAGGUCCAAAGGGAGCAGCUUGCCCUCCCUGCAAUUGCCCAGAAACCUGUGCAGAAACCAUUCUACCACAAAGCAGUUCAAACCGAGAUGUCCGUCAGUUCAUCCCAAAAGCUUCCCGCCAAUGCUUUUGAAACCAAGUCAUUCUCUCGGGACAAUGAUGAAACAGUUUUGGAUAAACACAGUUUUCCGACCUAUGGGAAUGGCUUUCAUCAUGACAAGAAAGCUUUCAUGCAUGAUGAAACAAAAGGAAUAAAGAAUUGA